AUAGAUUAAGAAUAAAACAUUUGAGCUCAGGUGGUUUGACUAACGAAUAUUGAUGUCUCUGAUCGGAUGAACAGUGCAUCAGUGUGAACGACACAGAUCCAAAAUUUUCUUCUCUCUUUUCGUCGUUUGCGAACGAAUCAACCCACCUCAGCUGUUACUGUAACUAUGGGAGUGCCAGCGUUUUACCGGUGGCUCGCCGACCGUUACCCGCUUUCCAUCGCCGACGUAGUAGAGGAUGAACCCGCUGUUGGCGACGACGGCGUUCCGUUGCCUAUCGACGCGUCUAAACCUAACCCCAACGGAAUGGAAUUCGAUAACUUGUACUUGGACAUGAACGGCAUUAUCCACCCUUGUUUUCACCCCGAUGGCACGCCGGCACCUGCUACCUAUGAUGAUGUGUUUAAAUCAGUAUUUGAUUACAUUGACCAUCUCUAUUUGUUGGUUCGUCCAAGGAAGCUUCUGUACCUUGCAAUUGAUGGUGUUGCACCACGAGCCAAAAUGAAUCAGCAACGUUCUCGGCGUUUCCGAGCUGCUAAAGAUGCAGCUGAGGCUGAAGCUGAAGAGGAAAGGCUGAGGAAAGAAUUUGAGGGUGAGGCAAACAUUUUGUCUUCUAAAGACAAGCGUGAGACUUCAGACUCUAAUGUCAUUACCCCUGGAACUCAAUUUAUGGCAGCCUUGUCAGUGGCUCUCCAGUAUUAUGUACAGACUAGAUUGAACCACAAUCCUAGCUGGCGGAAUAUAAAGGUUAUAUUGUCUGAUUCAAAUUCGCCUGGUGAAGGAGAACAUAAAAUAAUGGAAUACAUCCGGUUACAACGCAACCUUCCCUGUUUCAACCCAAAUACUCGACAUUGUUUGUAUGGAUUGGAUGCCGAUUUGAUUAUGCUCUCCUUAGCUACACAUGAGGUUCACUUCUCAAUAUUGAGGGAGGUAGUUACUUUACCUGGUCAACAGGAUAAGUGUUUUUUGUGUGGCCAAGUUGGCCAUUUUGCAGCGGAUUGUCAAGUUGAGAACUUUGAUACUCCUGAUGAUAGUCCAAUUCACAAGAAGAAAUAUCAGUUUCUUAACAUCUGGGUGCUGCGUGAAUAUUUGCAAUUUGAAUUGGAGAUACCGAAACCUCCAUUUGAGAUCGACUUUGAACGAGUUGUGGAUGAUUUUGUAUUUCUAUGUUUCUUUGUUGGCAAUGAUUUCCUCCCACAUAUGCCAACAUUGGAGAUCAGGGAGGGGGCUAUAAAUUUAUUGAUGCAUAUAUACAGAAAGGAAUUUUCUAUCAUAGGUGGUUAUCUUACUGAUGCAGGCCAGGUAAAUUUAUUUUCUCUAUAUUUGUAGUAUGUUACUCGUUUAUAAUUUGUUCUUCAGUAUGAUAUAGUCUUAUCCAGCAAUGUCUCUUCACUUCAGUUGCUUGUUUUGUGCUUUGAAUAUGUUAGAAUUGUUUAAGAUGUUUGAAUAGGUUGACUUGUUAGGAUAGUUUAACAUAUUUACGUAAUACCUAUUUCUCACCUAGGUGUAGUCUUUUCAGAUCUUUUUGUGUAUCUCUAAUGUAAGGACUCUUGUAAAUACAUGAAUAAGCUAAGAGAUGCAUGAAUCUCUUGAGCACUCUUUCUCAUAUUUUUGUUCUCAAGUUGGUAUUAGAACAGAUUAAUUUUGCCCUAUCGUCAUUGUCCAAUGAGAAUACUGCCACUUGCUGUUGUCAGCCGUUGACUGCUGUCAUUUUUUCUCUAUCAAACACCCGGUCAUGUAGGUCUCAUCAAGCGAUAGAGAAUCCACUGUUCACGGUUAACAUCUGCCACCACUAUCUUCCCCUGUAUGCCACCAUUGGCCACUGCCAUCGAGCGACAGAGAACCCAACUAGUAACAAAGGCUGGAUUGUCCCCAUGCGCACCCACAUACACCAUCUUUGUGCACCCAAUCAUGCACGUGGAAGACAAAUGCUUGCAUGGCCUCCAUAGGGUUUGUCGGCCUCCUUUGUCCAUAUUUCAACCCUUGGUUCUUGCUUUCCACCACUGAUUGUUUCAACCAAUAGGUUGGAGCCUCUUGUCCUUCUUGAAUCCCUUUUUUUUUACCUUCUUUCUUCAAAAUGUCUUCAAGACCUCCCACCUCUUUUCUUGGGACUCUCAAUUGCUUUAGAGAAGCUUAAUGGAGAAAAUUAUCUCUGUUAUCAUAAAUAUCCAAAACUAAAAUGUAGCAGCCAAGCACAAAAUCCCACUCAGUUUUGUUUGUCAACUUCUUACAUUUCUCAAACUGCGGAAAGUCAAAGUUCAUUGAUACUUGAUUCAAGAAUGUCUGCCUUCGUGGUGUCAAGAAUGUCUUUUUUCAUGGUGAUUUGGAAGAGGAAAUCUACAUGGAGCAACCUUCUAGCUUUGUUGCUCAGGAGGAGUAUGUGUUACAUCGUAAAUACACUAAUAUCUAUGAUUUUAAACUAUCUCUGCAUGCUUGGUUUGACAGAUCUAAUCUUUUAUUGUCAUGUAUAUCCCAAGAUAUACAUGUACUAAUUUGUGUAUUUUGAUGACAUAGUCAUUAAACAUAAUUAUGCCACUAAAAUUUCUUAGCUAAAGAAUCAUUAUGCAAUUACUUUGAGAGAAAAGAUCUUGGAUUUUUUAAAUAUUUUAUGGGUAUUGAAGUAGUUUAAUCAAAGGAAGGUAUUGUAAUUUCUCAAAGAAAAUUUGCCUUAGAUAUCCUAAAGGAAAUAAGUGUGAUUGAUUGAAGAGCAGUGGACCGUUAGUUUUAGGGUUUAUGAUUAAAUAAAACAUUGAUGGCAGAACAAAGUGAGCCUUUUUAAAACUUAGAAAUAUAUGGAAGAUUUUUUAGGAAACUUAUUUUAUCUCACCAAAUAUGGACUAAUUUGUCCUUUGCAUUGGCUUGUUUGUUCAAAUUACUCAAUUUCGUCCGGAUUGAACUAAUUAGGUGUUGUCAACAACCCAAUUUUGUCUGAGUAAUUAAAUUUCAUCACAAAAUGAAUAAAA